UAUUAACUUGUCCAUUAAGUGCGAGGACAUAACCCUUAUGUUAAAUGGCAACACUGAUUAAAGGUUCCCGCGCUAACCAUGGCCACUGUACAGCCCAAGGAACAGCUCACUUUAGAUAGUGCCAAUGAGCAAGGGUUCCUGUCCUUCUACCAGAGUCUACCUGAGAAAAUUACCACGACUGUGCGGGUGUUUGACCGAGGAGACUUCUACACUGUUCAUGGCCAGGACGCGCUGCUGGCCGCUCGAGAACUUUUCCGUACUAAUUCAGUGGUCAAAUUACUUGGAUCAGGUGAUAAGAAGUUGGAGUCGGUGGUGCUAAGGCGGCUGAACUUUGAGUCUUUCGUUAGGGACCUCCUGCUGGUGAAGCACUACCGGGUAGAAGUAUACAAACAGAAGUCUACCUGUAAAAAUGACUGGGAGGUGGAAUAUAAGGCUUCUCCUGGCAAUCUGAGUCAGUUUGAGGAGGUCCUUUUUGGUGUUAACAAUGAACAAACAGUUACCACAGGUGUUAUAGCUGUAAAACUAGCUACAGAAAAUGGACAGAGGGUUGUGGGAGUUGGUUUUGUGGAUGUUACCAGCCGGCUGAUGACUGUGUCUGAGUUCAGUGACAAUGACACCUUCAGUAACCUGGAGGCUCUGGUGGUACAGCUGGGGCCCCGGGAGUGUCUUGUCCCUAUGGGUGAUUUGGGUCCUGAUGGUGUCAAGCUUAAACAGGUGUUGUCUCGGAACCCAUUACUUGUUAGUGAGAGGAAGAGGAGAGAGUUCAACAAUAAGGAUGCAGCCCAAGACCUAGGUCGUCUGUUGCGUACCAAGGGUAGAGAUGCAGCGGCUGUUUCAGCUCGCCCAGAGCUUGAUCGUACAAAUGCUGUUGCUUCACUGGCAGCAGUUAUUAAAUAUCUGGAACUCCUCGGUGAUGAGUCAAACUUUGGGCAGUUCUCAUUAUCCACAUAUGAUCUGAGCCAAUACAUGAGACUAGAUAGUGCAGCAGUUCGGGCACUGCACGUGGAGCCCAUUGGAGGUGCGGAAACAUCUGGGGCUGCCAACAAGACGCACACUCUUCUUGGUCUCUUAGAUAAAUGCCAGACUCCUGUAGGACAUCGUUUACUUCUACAGUGGCUCAGACAACCCUUGGUGGAUAUCAACAAGAUUGAAGAGCGACAAGAUAUGGUUGAGGCUCUGGUGUCAUCUGUGGAGCUGCGGCACAGUCUUGGGGAGGAACACCUUCGUCGUGUACCUGACCUGAACCGCCUCUCUAGGAAACUGGCACGCAAGGCAGCCACACUCCAAGACUGUUUCAAAUUUUACCAAUGUGUUGAACGCUUACCGAAUUUAUGUGAAGCAAUAGCCAAAUACGAUGGUCCUCAUGUUGCUUCAUUAGCGGCAGUGUUCACAACCCCUGUCCAGGAGGUGCUGUCAGAUCUAGGAAAAUAUCAAGAAAUGAUUGAGACAACAGUAGAUAUGGAGCAGGCAAAUCAAGGGGAGUACGUCAUCAAGCCAGAUUUUGAUGAAUCCUUGGCAGAACUACGAGAAACAAUGAAUGGUCUGGAAGCAGACAUCCAGAGUCAACUGAGGAAGGCUGCGAAUGACCUUGGUCUUGAUGCUGGCAAGAGUAUAAAACUGGAGUCAACUGCUCAGUUGGGUUACUUCUUCAGGGUCACACUCAAGGAAGAACAAGUGUUACGUAACAACAGGAAUUACCGGAUGAUUGACACCAACAAGGCCGGGGUGAGGUUCAGAAAUAAUACCCUUCAAGACCUUAAUGAUCAGUACAUCUCAGCAAGGGAGGAUUAUAAUGAACAGCAAAAAACUGUUGUUGAAGAAAUCAUGAAUAUUGCAGCUGGUUAUGUUGAGGUGAUUCAGCACUUAGGUCAGAUAUUGGGAACUUUGGACUGUAUUUUUGCCCUGGCAUCUGCUGCUGUUUCUGCCCCCAUACCUUAUGUAAAGCCCAAGCUCCGGGAGAGGGGUACUGGUGUGCUCAAGCUGGACAGUGUCCGUCACCCAUGUUUGGAACUACAGGAUGAUGUCUCUUUUAUACCAAAUGACUGCCAUUUUGAUAAAGAUAAUGGUAUGUUCCACAUCAUCACUGGCCCCAACAUGGGAGGUAAGAGCACUUACCUAAGAUCAGUUGGCACAGCUGUGUUAAUGGCUCAGGUGGGCUCUUUUGUGGCCUGUGAGGAGGCUGAAAUAUCUGUGGUGGACAGCAUCCUUGCUCGAGUGGGUGCGGGAGACUGCCAGCUGAAGGGAGUUUCAACAUUUAUGGCAGAGAUGUUGGAGACGGCGUCCAUCCUUAGAUCUGCAAGCAAUGAGUCUCUUGUCAUUAUUGAUGAACUUGGUCGUGGAACAUCAACUUAUGAUGGUUUUGGAUUGGCUUGGGCCAUAUCAGAGCACAUAGCUAAAGAGAUUGGAUCAUUCUGCUUGUUUGCUACACAUUUCCAUGAGCUGACAGCUCUUGCAGAUGAGUUGAAUACAGUCAAGAAUUACCAUGUGACAGCUACCACAGCACAUGGUGCACUUACCCUCCUUUAUCAGGUGUGUCCAGGACCUUGUGACCGCAGUUUUGGUAUCCACGUGGCAGAGUUGGCCAACUUCCCAGCUAGUGUGAUAGAGUAUGCCAAGAGGAAGGCUGGGGAACUGGAAGAUGAAUUUGGUGAUGACGAUGACUCAGAGGAGGCCGUCAAGAGGAGAAAGCUGGAGAAACAGGAAGGCGAGAAGAUCAUUGAAGAAUUCCUGGCCAAGGCUGCCGCUCUUGAUACAGACAUUCUCAGUGAUGAGGAGCUACAAGCAGAGGUGAAGAAGCUAAAACAAGAAGUUCAAGGUCGAAAUAAUUCCUAUGUAUCGCAUCUCUUAUCCAGGGAGACAUAAAUAUAAAGGUACUGAAUAAUAAGUUGGCUUGGUUAGUUAACCUCCAUGACAAAGAGCAUUUGUAUUUUCACUUAAAGUAUUUGCCAGUUAGUACAAACCACUAGCAUGUAGCAGACUGGAGUCAUGAAACUUUAUCUAUAUUGAAAGUGAGGUCAUCUGACAUCUAGUAUGAUCUAUUAUUUAUAGUAGAAAGAAAAAGUUCUAAUGCUGUACAUGUUUAGCUGUAAAUGGUACCCAACAAGAUAUACUCUGCCAUACAGGUGUAGGUCCUGUACAUUGAAUCUUCACACAAUAAUGUUUCUUAUUUCAGAAUAAAAGUUUAUUCUGCAA